AGCCACCCACAGACCGUUCAGAGCUCAGAAUAACGCAAGAGACUACACAGACAGCUACACAGCCUUUUCUUAACACUGCAACAUCCCGAUUGCGCUUGGAUUAUAACUAUGACUCUGGAAGAGAUUCACGGACAAGAGAACACAAUGGAAAACGCUGAUAGGGUGCAAAGUGCAGGCGCAGCCCUGGAGGAGCUGCUGAUCGCUGCUAAGAAGCAGGACUACCUGACAGUUGGAGUUUACGAAUCUGCAAAAGUCAUGAAUGUUGACCCAGACAGCGUGGCGUUCUGCAUUCUCGCCACCGACGAGGAAUACGAGUGUGACAUUGCUCUUCAGAUCCACUUCACUCUCAUCCAGGCGUUCUGCUUUGACAACGACAUCAACGUGGUGCGUGUCAAUGAUAUCGACCGCCUGGCCGACCUCGUGGGUGCAGAUGAAACAGGCGAGCCCAAGGACGCACACUGCAUUCUUGUCACGAGCCCUAGUGCAAACCCAUGGAAAGACCCUGCUCUGGACAAGCUGAGUGUGUUCUGUGAGGAAAGGCGCAGUGUGUAUGACUGGGUGCCCACCAUCACUCUCCCAGAGCGCUGAAGUGACACCCCCCUGCAGUUGCUUCACAUGAUUAUGAUGAUGAUGAUGAAAAGAAAGUCAAGGAGCUGAGCUUCAGCUGGGGGGCCUCAUGCCUUUCUGCCUCACAUGUCUGGAUUAAGAGGCUGUGGCUGUAACUCCCCCCUUCUGCAAGAGCACACUCUUCCAGUGCAUCCUGGGUGAGCCCGUUGGUUCUGGAUUACCCUGUGCAAGGGUUCAGAGCUCAUGUGUGGACUUGUUCAGGUGUAUGUGGAGUGGACAGAACGCCUGAAGGACACUGAGAAUGGAGCUGGACUGUACUGCAUAGUACAUUAAAGAUGGCAAAUGGUGACCCAGUGACUGCCCUUUAACAGACACUGGUGGGACUAAGCAGAGAAGGUCACAGAGAGCGAUACUUUGCAAGAGAUGGACUUAAGAAAGUGGACUGGACUCGUCAGAGGGGGAACAAGUCAGGUGCAGAUCCAGAAGAAGGCGUCUGAAAGUGUCUAAACAAAGGACUUUUCUUUAUGAGUGCAGCUGUCAGGAAGUUCUUGGAAUAAGCAGAAACUGCUUGCAAAUCCUGAUGUAAA